GAGCCCGAGUGCCCUGCCGGGGCCGGGAAGUUCCGGGGCGGCUGGGCGGAAAGUCCUGGCGUCCAUGCCAGGCCCCGAGUGGCCCGGGCCGCCCCGGCAGUGACUGUGGUGGCUGACGCGGCGCGCGCCCCGCCCGCGCGUCCCUCCUCCGGGUGUAACAUGCCCUGAGCGCGCGAGAGCGCGCGGCGGCCACCAUGGGCAAUGGCAUGAACAAGAUCCUGACUGGCCUGUACAUCGGCAACUUCAAAGACGCCAGAGAUGCAGAACAGCUGAGCAAGAACAAGGUGACACAUAUCCUGUCUGUCCACGACAGUGCCAGGCCCAUGUUGGAGAUGCCAGAUCUCCACGUGUUAGAAAUGGAAGAGCCACAGUCCUCACCUGUCCUGCCUCCCCAUUCUGCACACGGGAAAUGGCGGCAGGGAGUGAAAUACCUGUGCAUUCCGGCAGCGGAUUCACCAUCUCAGAACCUGACCAGACACUUCAAAGAAAGCAUCAAGUUCAUUCAUGAGUGCCGACUCCAGGGGGAGGGCUGCCUUGUGCACUGCCUGGCGGGGGUCUCCCGGAGCGUGACGCUGGUGAUCGCCUACAUCAUGACCGUCACCGACUUCGGCUGGGAAGACGCCCUGCACACAGUGCGCGCCGGGAGGUCCUGCGCCAACCCCAACCUGGGCUUCCAGAGGCAGCUCCAGGAGUUCGAGAAGCACGAAGUCCAGCAGUAUCGCCAGUGGCUGAAGGAAGAGUAUGGAGAGAGCCCCUUGCGGGAUGCUGAAGAAGCCAAAAGCAUUCUGGUGCUUGUCUUCGGCGCGUUCCGGGCGGUGGCGUGUUGGCUGCGCUGCUGCGACAGCGGGAAAGGUGGAGGGCUCUGGACUCCUGUACCCGCCACCCUAUCCGGCCAGGCUCCAACCCCUCCCCUACUGCCCCACCCCUCCCCUCUGCUGAGCUCGCUGCACCCCGGGAUGCUGCUCUGUGAUGUGCACUGCUUUGUGCAUGCGUGGGUAAGUGUGCAGGUGCACUUGUGUCACCGUGCGCAGGUGUGAGCCUGUGUGGGUGUGCAUGUUAACAGGCGAGGGCGUGGGCAUGUGUGUGUCAGGGUGUGCGUGCAUGUGCACAGAUGUGUGGGCACGCAGCCGCAUGUGUGAGUACAGAUUAACAGGCGAGUGGGUGUGCGUGUGUCAGUGUGUAUGCAUGUGAGCAUAUGAGUGUGCAUGGAUGAACGUUUGCACAUAUGCAUGUCGGUGUGUGCACUCAAGUGUGUUCACAGUGAGUGUAGGCAUGGGCUUGUGUGCAUUUUCAUGAGCUUGUGAGUGUGUGUUAGAGUAUGCUCAUUUGUGUGAAUGAGAUGUGGGCUCUGAGUGUGCACUGUAAGCUUGUGUGUGAGUGUGCACAGGCGUGUGCAUUGUGAGCAUGUGGCUGCAUGUGUGAAUUCCUAAUGUCCAUGUUCCUAGAAGUCACCCAAUCCACACUGCAAGGAUUGGUGUGGCCACUUUUCCCUUGGAUUCCUCCUGGAAGGCAUUUGAACUUGACCUCUGCAAAGCUGUCCAGCUAGGAGCAGCCUGUGCCUGUGAGAACUCAGGGGAAUGAGUGGCUGGGAGCAGAGCCCCACCCAGACCCCAGGGAGGUGUGAGUGGGGAGCAGGGGGCAGAUUUCUCCUGAGAGAGGGUAGUUCUGGUCCCCGGGAAGCCGUGGGGUGCUCUGAGCGGUGUCUCCGUCUCACUGGAAGAGCACUGGGCCGUCAGCGCCCGCUGCCUUGCUCCAGGCCCCUUCGCCUGUCACGCCCCUGAUUUCUCCAGUCACUGGCGAGCAGCCCCCCUUGCACCCGCCUAGCUCCACACGCUCCUGGCUUCUGCUGUCCUCACUCUGCUGUGGCCCCUGCUCGAGGUUUGCAUGCACCUGCAGGAACUGGCAAGAAACGGCAUUUAUUAAGCUCUGCUGCAGUUUGCAUUUGAAAAUGAGCAUUGAUUAAGCUCCUUGUGUAUGCUGUGGUUUGCAUAUUGGAUCUCAGCUACCUCAUUAAAUGUUUAUGAAAAGGUUUUUUUUUUUUGUUACUCCAAUCAACUCUGCCUCAUAGUAGAAAAUGUGUGGCCGAAGAUAAAGCGUCAGUGUCUCUGAGCUAUGUGAAGUGUCUGAUUAGGGCUCUAAUAAUGCUUCCUGGUGGGUAGAAUCCCAUUUAGGUGGCGAGAGUGUGUGCAGUUCGCAGCUCGGGGCAGUAGGCUUCCUGGGACGUGGUGCACACAGCACAGUGGCCCAGCGCAUCCCACCAACUCAGAUCUCUUAAGCACGCAGAGCCACACGAAUGAAAAAGUACACCCGACCUCUCCCUAGAAAGAUGUUGCAACCCAGUGCCUCCGAAUUCCGCCACAAACAGAGCCCCUGAGCAAGAGGAGCGGUUUUCCCAGGCAUGUAGAGGGUCUGCCAAGGUGAGCCCCCUGGGGACCGGGGACAGCGCAGUAGCCUACCUCGCGCCACGGAGGCAUGGGCCCCGAUGCACCGCGAGCCGCAUCGGCAGCUCACGCAAUCUGCCGAGAAAGGGCAUUGUUUGUGUCCUUACACCAAAAAGCCAUGUAAAUAUGCUAACGGAAAAAGCAUUUACGAUAUUAUCUUGACUGCUUAAAAGCACGUGCCCAGUGAUUACGUCUUCCUGCUGGCCUUGAAAUGCCGUCUUAAUACUUGUUGCCAGUAACGCUCUUUCUCCACAGCCACUCCGAGAAUUCUGAAGUACUGGGCCUUUCUCAGAAGACUAUAAUGCACCUGCCGUUUCUGAAAUAUCGCAGAGUUCAGGCUGGUGCUGCCAAAAAAGAAAAAGCCACCCAGAGUUUAUUUUUGAAGUGUCCAGCCGAGAUUUGUAAAGCUGUUUGUUCAUUUUAAACUGAAUAUGUGUUGUAAUACAUUGCAAAUGCAGGAUGUUCUUUAGCAAGGGAGAAUGUUUUUCACCUUAACUCCACUGCUUAACUUGACUUUGCUGCCUGUCAGAUGUCUCAAGGGCCCUGUUGAUCUGUUCUGGUUACUGGUUAGCCAUAGUGCCUGCCUCACAUGAGCAGCUGGGCCUCUGGGUCUCCUGUGGUGUGCACACUGUCCACGUGUUCUGGGGUUCUGGGGUCCCCCCGCCCCUGGCGUGAGAACCAUCUCUCGGUGUGUGCUCUCUCCAGGGUUUGUGUUGUCCAGGAGGGAAUUUACCAGAAGCUGCACAUUUUUAUUAAUAAAGGUCAACUUAGCCAUAUUUAA